UCUACUCCACUUUUCUGCGCAUUUCGUCUUCUUCAGCCUCCUCUGGAAGCUUUCACUUUGAGAGCAAAAGAGACUGAUUUCAAGACACUCUGGGUUUGGAAUCUCAACACUGAAAUAAGCAAAAAUGGUGAUGAGUAGUAGCAAGUAUGAAGAAACAAGGUUACAAAGAAUUGAAGAAAACAAGAAGAGAAUGGAAGAACUCAAACUCUGUAGUCUGGUUCUCAAUUUCAAGACCUCCUCAUCAUCAUCAAAACCCUCACAGGCUAAACCACCAAAACGAAGAAUGAUUCAGAAAAAGCUUGAGUUUGUUGAAGUAAGAAGAUCAAGUCGGAACACAGACAAACCCUCUCCAGUCUAUAAAGAAGUUCCUGUUUUUGAGUAUGAAAGGGCUCCUAGAAACAAUUCAAGAGCUAGAGGGUUAAGAGAUUCAAUGGAGAAUUUCCCAGUAGCAAGUGAGAAAGAAAGAGCAAUUGCAACUGAGAAAGCUUAUGAAUUGGAACUAUCACUUGGAAAUGAAUUUCCGUCGUUUGUUAAACCUAUGCUUCAUUCUCAUGUCAACCGUGGUUUUUGGUUGGGUCUCCCUAAUGGUUUUUGCAAGAAGUACUUGCCGAAACGGGAUGCAUUGAUUACAUUGGUUGAUGAAAAGGGAGAUGAGUGUGUUACAAAUUACCUUGUGGAGAAGACCGGGUUAAGUGCUGGAUGGAGAGGAUUUGCCUUGGAUCACCAGCUAAUUGAUGGUGAUGCUUGUGUUUUCCAAUUAACCAAGCCUACCGAAUUUAAGGUGUACAUUGUCCGGGCAGCUAAUGUUUCAUAUCCUGAGGAAUCAGUUGGUGUUUCAAAUGGUGAAGAAUCCUCUUAGGUUGGAUCUUCUCGAAUCAGGUGGUACAAUGUAGCAGAACCGCAGCUUGGAAUUUUAUCUACAGGGCAACCGCAGACGUAGUAGUUAUAUGGAAGGUUUCCGGCAACAGCAGAUGGAGUUAGGGAAAGUUUUUUGGUUGUUGUUGUUGCUAGUGCCAUGCACAGCUAGCAUUUUGUCAAUAAUAUAACUUACUCUUUCAAUGAAAUGGGGUCUUUUUGUUAUUUCAAAACUAAAACCAAGUUCUUGCUAACAAUGUCUUGAUCCGAAUGCGAAAGAGUUUGUUGCAUUUUUCAUGAACUGA